AUGAAUGGUUCAUCUGCAAUGGUUAUUUCCUACUUUAUCACCUUCUACGUUUUCUUGUGUAUCCUCUUAGCCCUACUAAUUUACGCCAUUAUGUAUCGUUAUUAUCGAAUUUGCUUUGGUCAUUUCAACCUCUCUACGAGGCCCACAAUCUCCCAUGAACCACAACAAGGUCUUGAGGCUUCUGUCAUUGAUGAUAACUUCCCAAAGUUCGCUUAUCUGAAUAAGUCCGUGAAUACAGAUAUAAAUAUAGAUAUAGAUAUAAAUAUAAGUACGAAAGUGAGAAUGACUGGGGAGUGUGUAGUAUGUUUAGGGGUGUUUGAGGAGAAUGAAAUGUUGCGUUUGUUGCCUAAGUGUGGCCAUGUAUUCCAUGUAGAUUGCAUUGAUACUUGGUUGCGUUCCCAUGCCACUUGUCCCUUUUGUCGAGCUAAUUUAGUCGUGGUUAGCGAUGUUCCUCCCCGAGAAGUGCCUACUAGGGCUGAAAGUUCAUUUGAUGGCAAUCACCGAAGAUUGGGUAUGGUGGAAAUAACACCAAUUGCACCAUGGUUCUAA